AUGUCAGUCAAUGUUGUUCCCACUCCUAGGCUUGUCGAAGGACACGAAAAAAGUUCACCUUCUCCGCGGCUCUUGUUUGUCAGUUCGGCUACCGCAAAUACCGAUUCUGACAGCGGCCCGCCAACUACAGCCACUUUAAACAGUACCAGCAGCUCCGAUCAGAUUGGAGGGUCGAGGGAUCAUAUAAAACAGGUCGAUUCAGCAGAGAGCCCACAAUACUGGGCAGGUCGCUAUGUGUCACUGUGUGAUCGUCUCCGAACGCAAGAAAUGCCCCAAGGCAAAAGCCCAUCCAGUCCAGAUGCAAGUAACCGGAUGCCCGAACAUUUGUUCGAGCUCAGCGAGAAGAUCAGAAAGAGCGCUGCUUUGAAAGAGCUAAGACGGUCUUGUAGGACAACGGAGGCUACCAAGAGCUUCGAAGAAUUUGAAUCACAGUUGCUGAAGAGGCCCGGAGUGUCACGUGGGUUUCUUUAUCGAGCUGGCAGCUUCGUGCUUGAUGCCAAUGAUAUCGACAAGAAAGCGAAACUUCCCGGCCGCGCGGGUGUGAAGCCCAUGAUGGGUUUGAAUGUGCCACAGUCUCCAGGGAACACCUCGACAACUACAAGUAGGAUUUCAAGUGUCAAUGCCGAAGCGGUUUUGAGUCAUGGACCAAACAAAUUCUAUGGCAACGGUGGACUGGCAAAGAGCAAGACAACUGGAAAUUUGGCAGCACUUAUUCCAACCAUGUCAAAGAAGCAGCCAGUGCCUGCACCUAGUUCUGCUACAAAACUCAGCAGCAAAGUGACGACUUCUCACAGGAGGAGGGCAUCAUACCUUGAGUGUUCCCCUGAGACCCUGACCAAAGCGAUGAGGAACCGAGAGGAUCGGGCGGCGCGAAGGGCAGCUGAAGCAUACAGGCGGUCAACCCCCCGUUUACCGUCUUUUGGUUUCCAAAAAAGUGACAGUCAAAGCAAGCUGCUUUCAUCUUCAAGGAUAUCUGUCCAACCAGAGCAGGAUCGGUGUGAAAGCACGAUAACCAAGGUGAAAGCUUUCGACCCAGUCGUCGGAUCACUGGACUGCGCAAUGCUGGAAAGUGGACAUGCACCGCCCCCGCCACCAGUGAACAGCACCGGCUCCCCUCGAGUACAAAUGGUCAAGAUGCCUGGCGGUGGUAGAGAGAAGCUAAUCAAGUCUCGCCGUAAGGUCGACCGCCAAAUAAGUGGGGAGAUUAUGAGAAAUUUCCUCGGUGCCGGAAUGAGAGAAGUCAAGAAGAUGGGAAGAAGAGUCGGCGGUUGGGGAGGCAGUAGUGAGGACCUGCUGUUGUCAGACAACAAGUAG